UAAUAAACUUGUGUUGAAGCAGAAAGCAAGCACUUUCCUCGCCUUCAAUUCAAAAUAUCCCACUUAGAAAACCAUUAAAAGAAUGAACUUUAACCAGAGGCAAUCGAACAAGGCGCCGUUUAGAAACAGAAGGCUUAGACCAUGUCAUCUUGACUACGCUGAUGAACGCCUUUGGGAACUGAGUUAUCUGAGGGCCAAAUGCAAGGAAUUGAAUUUGGAGGAGGAGUAUAAAAUGUAUCAGAUCCGCUUGAUGAUCAGCAAUCUGUCUGUUUUCUAUGUUUUAUUUAUUCUUGUGUGCCUAUGUUUUUUGGCAGUUGAACUGGUUUUCGUGGAGAACGUAAAGGGCAUCUACUUUGACCUAAUUACCAGGCAAGUUUCAUUUACCGUAGUUCUAGUUAUUUUAAGCAUCAAUUUUUGCGAAGACUUUGUAAAUCGCCACCGGUGGGUCAUGAUUUUUACCUCUGUUUUGUCGGCGUAUGUGGUGGUCAUCACAGAUAUAACGCAAAACUUGUACCAUUAUUUAACGGGUGGCUGGCCUCUCAAUGCCACAUUCGACGUCUUUGUGCUCUGCAUGAUCUACAUGUUCAUGCCAAUACCUUCAAUUAGGGGCGCAGCCCUACUGGCCACCUCGGCCAGCAUCGUUUACGUAUCCUACUACAUGUACUCGCUGUCAUUUGCCAAAAUGUUCGUCGAGCGCAAAACUCACGCCUACGAUGUACUAUCUGUUGAUAUAUUACACAACCUGGGCUUCAACAUGAUGGGUAUAUUCUUCCGCAUCAUGAACGAGACUAUGGUUCGAGCCUCCUUCCUGGACCGCCAUCAGUUCAUCAUGGAGGAGAAGUGGUUGCGCCACGCGCUCCUACAGGAGUCGAUGCUUCUGGACAGCAUCCUGCCGCCCCAGAUCGCGAAGCCCAUUCAAGACAGCAUCAAGAACAAGAUCAAGCAGAACGAAAACGAGUUUGACCGCUUUGGCUCGGGAGGCUCCUGGAGAAGGGAAACCUUCAUGGCCAUCCAGAUCCACCCCGACGUCUCCAUCCUCUACGCAGAUGUUGUGAACUACACCCACUUGACAACGACUCUGACGGUGGAGAACCUGGUGAAGGUCCUGCACGACCUCUACGGAAGAUUUGAUAUGGCCGCCUCUACUUUCAAUGUGCAGCGCAUCAAGUUCCUGGGUGACUGCUACUAUUGUGUGGCGGGCUUAACGACGCCCGACCCAGAUCACGCGAAGUGUGCCGUGUCCUUGGGCAUUUCCAUGAUUGCCAACAUCCAGGAAGUGCGGGCUGAACGUAAGCUGGAUAUCGACAUGCGCAUAGGAGUACAUUCAGGAUCACUUAUUGCAGGCGUAAUCGGCGAAGCAAAGCUGCAGUUUGACAUAUGGGGUGCUGACGUUGAGAUCGCUAAUCGUCUGGAGGCCACUGGAAGUCCAGGAUUCGUACACGUCAGUGGAAGGACCUUAAGUAACUUGAACGUAGCUAACUACACCAUAAUGUCGGGUACAGAAAAGGCCCGAAGUGAUCCGAUGCUCGAAUCAAUGAGCACCUACCUAAUAACUGGUCAAAUAAACCGAAGUUCAUUCGCAUCCACCAUGGAAGGAGUUUUAUCCGGUUCGAGUCUGGAUAUCAAACCUGUAGAAACUGUACGAUCUAAUAGAGCAAGUCGUUUGUCAAUGACUGAGGAGCUGCGCGAAGAGUUCAGGAACAUGCCAGUAGGGGGCUUCGAUUUUCACUCGCCUUGCUGCCGCCGAGCUAGCAAUGACACCCAUAAGAAAACCGAGCGCGAAAUCGGCCUUUUUUGUGCAGCGUUUAAGGACAAGUCGCUGGAAUGGAAUUAUAUGCACCAGCCAGAUUUUAUUUUCAAGUCCUCCGUGCUGUUAGCUUGGGGAAUUGGGUGCUGUCUGAUCUACAUCCAGAUAGUGACUAAUAAUUUUUCUUGCACCGUAUGCAUUGUGGUCGACUUGAUUACGUUUUUAUUUCUGACUUCUCUGCUGUGCAUCGCAUGGUACAAGAAAUUGUGUUGGUGGAAAAGUGGACGCUAUGAAUUCAAAAUGCACGGCGAAUAUAGCUGCUUGGUUUUUCACCUGUUCGAGAAGAUUCAACAUAGCGUCACUCUGCGUAUUGGCACCUAUUUGCUGAUCAUAAUUUCCUACUACGCGGUGAUCUCCCUGAUAAUGAUAAACUGUGAUCGGGAUAUGUUUGAGCUGAGUUACAUUGAGAGCAAGCUUUUCAACUACGAAUUGGAUCCGGAUAUCUGCUUCCAUCCCUGGUCCUUUACCAACAUGAUUUCCCUUAUCCUUGGCAUAAGCUACACCUUCGCGCGCAUUCCUUUUGCCCUCAAGAUAUUCGUUAGUUGCUGCGAAACCGUCGCCUUCGUGUUGAUUGUGUUUUUCCAGUUCGCGUUCAUUUUCCAGCACAGUGCCACCACGACUCCGUUUAUGAGGGCUGAAAUAGCGCACUGUCUUAGGGUAUGCAUGAUGUUAGCCACUAUGUAUGCAAAGGAACGGCAGUCGGAAUUCAACACAAAAAUGAACUACAAACUUAACGUGGACUUGCAAAACAAGCAAAAGGCGGCAGACGUAACAAACCAAUCAAUCAUAAUUCUGCUCAAUAAUAUUCUGCCAUCUCAUGUUGUCGACCUUUAUCUCAAUUCGUUGGCCAAACACGAGCUCUACUAUGAAAACUAUCAAAUGGUAUCGGUCAUGUUUGCCAUGUUGAUAAAUUUUCCAAUGAAUUUGCCCAGCUUAAGAGUCCUAAACGAUAUUAUAACCGAAUUUGAUAGACUGUUGACAGCCUACAGGGAAUAUUAUGUUGUUGAGAAAAUAAAAGUCGUUGGUUGCACUUAUAUGGCAGCAUGUGGAUUGGACUUCAAUUUGGCCUCCAACAUCCGUCAAAGCAGUCACAUUCGCCAUAGUUCUCUUCAUUUUGAGGUGGAACAGGCGCGAAGUCACAGGAUGACGGAUGAUAACUAUGACAGCGACGUCAACAAUGAUGAGGUGGUCUUCAUAAUGACCACGUUUGCUUUGGACCUGAUGCGAACCCUCUCCGCGUGCAACAAGGCCUACUCAGAUUCUUAUUUUGAGCGCUCCUUAUCCAGCGGAGAGAUCUGCAUUGGAAUCUCCAGUGGUGAGAUAAUGGCCGGAGUGGUCGGAGCUUCCCAGCCGCACUACGACAUCUGGGGAAACCCAGUCAAUAUGGCCUCCCGAAUGGAAUCAACGGGGCUUCCUGGGCACAUUCAGGUGACGGAGGAGUCUGCCAAAAUACUCCAGGAGUUCGACAUUCUAUGCAUUUAUCGCGGCAUGACCUUUGUGAAAGGACGCGGUGAAAUACCCACCUACUUUGUAGGCAUCGAUGAAAACCUUAAGUUCAUGUCCUCGAAAUUGGCCAAUCAGAGCUCGUCAAGACGUUUUUCAGUCAUGUCUUCAUUAGAUCCGGACUCUGUAGGUAGGGAUUCUUCUAGUUGGGAAGGUUCAACCGAAUAGAUUUAUUAAGUUUUUGGAAAAAAUAUCCAAAUAUAAAUUUUAAAUGUAAUAUAUGUGAAGGUUUUUU